AUGCGGCACAUUGGUGGUCGCUGGGUAGACAGAGCAGAGUCAGCAUUGCCCUUGGGUGUCUUCGUGCCAACUCUACUGACUCUGUCCAGCUACUGCACAGAUGUGUUUGUGCACUGGGAGAGUGGAGGAAAGAGGAAGGUGAUUGAUGCUUCCAAAUGUUCAUACAUCCCUCCCUGCGCAAGAGAUGAUCAGGAGAACUCUGAGAACGUCACGUACAAGCAGAAAUACUGGAAAGAGAAAGUGGGUUCGCAACCAUUUACAUGCUAUUUUAACCAGCACUUGAGGCCAGAUGAUGUGAUGCUGAAGCGCACCCAUGAUGAGACUGUCCUCUUGCACUGCUUCCUCUGGCCUCUGGUUACGUUUCUGGUCGGAGUCCUUAUCGUGGUCCUGACCAUCUGUGCCAAGAGCUUGGCUGUCAGGGCAGAAGCAAUAAAAAAGAAGAAGCAUUUGUAA